AUGGCUCCAAAGAGUUUUGCAAAUGAAAUUAUGAAAACAACACUUGGAUACUUUCAACGUAGACCGGCAACUUGGAAGAAUACCGUUGGCAUUAGUCGUUCGCCUUAUUGCAUGCCAUUUCAUUCACUUCGAUUUAGCAGUAGCGAUUUAAGUCACAAUGAAUUGCUAGAACGUUUCAAUAUGUUUAACAAGCAACAAUUGCUAAACAUGAAGGGAAUCGGCCAGCUAAAAGCAAACCUUAUUAUUGAUUAUAGAAAAUCCAAUGGUUCAUUUAGUAGCUUAGAUCAACUUCAACAACUGAGAGGAUUUUCAUCAAAAUUAAUUGAUAGAUUACUCAAAAGCGAAAAUCAUUUAUCGAUUCGAAGGUACCCACCAUUAAUUGAUCAAGAUUUGCGUAAAAGUAUACAAAGCAUUGUUUCUAUCGAUCUAGGAUUUAAAAAUUUUGCUUAUGUCCAUAUAAAUAGAGAAUUAACUCUGCUAGAUUGGCGUAAAUUAUGCUUCCCAACAAUGACUAGCAAUAGCUUGCAAACUACUUACGAAAAUGUAAUCGGUAUUCGUCGGACCCUGCCUGCUGCUGAUGUUUAUGUAAUCGAACAAGCAAGUGCGAUUCCCCAUCACGGCGCUUCCUUUAAUACUGGGAUACCUCUCAGAAUAUUGGAAGCGUUCCUUUAUUGUGUAUUGCAGCCUAACAAGGUUGUAUCAAUGAAUGCUAAGACUGUCCAAUCCUAUUUUAAUUUAUCAAAAGGUCCCCAAAAGAAGACUGAUGCUAUAAAUAAGGUUCUUGAGUUAAUGAAUGGAAAGUCAAAAUGUCAUAACGUUACAUUUACAAAUCAACAAAUUUCUGAAUUUACAAGCAUUACAAAAAAGGAUGACCUGAGCGAUUGCCUAUUACAAGCUCUGACCUUCUAUGACAAAGAAGUAUUUGAUUUUUAA